AUGGCAGCGCACGACAGGACCCACUUGCAGCCAAAUCACUACGACGUGCUGGGCGUCGAUCGCUCUGCGUCUGCAGACGACAUCAAGGUCGCGUACCGCAAGCUCGUCCUGGAACACCAUCCGGAUCGAUCGAAUAUCAAAAAGUCGACCAGCUCUUCUCAACGUCAAGAUGGAAAAAACGCUCAGAUUCUCCGCAUUAAUGCUGCAUACGACUUGCUCAGUGACGAUGUCGCUCGUGUCAAGUAUGACAUGGACAUGUUUGGUAUCUCAGCUGCUUCAAAUGAAGACAAAGCGACGCAAGAAGCUCUGCACUUGGCUGGCAAGUACAAACCUAUGAGCUCGCAAGACGUGCACGAGAUGUUUGGAGGUCUCAACUCGUACGAACGCUUUACGACGGCGCAGUUCCAUCGACUGCGGUCUCACGUUGCACCGGCUGCAAUUGGACGAAGGGCGACGAAUCUCAUGGAGAGGAAGCGGUUUCGUGCGGCCAACUCGAAGCUGCCUACCCAAGCUACGACGUUGGCGUGGUUGGCUUUCCCCAUUGCAUUGGCAGCUCUCUGGGGUGUCAACGUGAGCAACAUCAAGGAGCAAUGCAAGAAGCGCUGA